CAUGCAAGCCUACCCGUCAUGGUUAUCUGUUCUGCUUCUUUUAAUUGCCGUCGUCGGGUUUCUGAGUAACGUCUUAGUGAUUGUCAACAUCUUCAAGUCCAGAUUCCUUCACGAUGUCACUCAUUACCUCAUCCUGAAUCUGGCCGUCUCUGACGGACUUUGCUGCUUCAUAUUUGGCCUGGAGAUGUUCAUGGAUUUACUCAAUUACCCCAACAACCGCACCGGUGGAAUCGCUGAAAUACUCUACUGCCGGCUCAUCAACGGUAACUACGUAUUCCAAUCCUUUGCCUUCAUUUCAGCUUACAAUCUCGUCAUUAUAUCUCUGGAGAGAUACAUAGGUAUUGUCAAACCGCUACGGUACGUUCAAAUUUGCAACAAAGCUCACACUUGGUUGGCUAUAUUUCUAUCGUGGGUUUUAGGAUCUUGCGUUUACUUGCUUCAUCUUAUUGGCGUGCAGUAUUUAGAAUCUGAAACAGAAUUCAAUAUAAGAUGUCGAAAUAAGCAUCCUUGGCAGUGGCAUUUUCUGUCCUUUACUGUUGGGUUCGUAGCUCCUCUUCUCAUUAUGAUUUGGGCUUAUAGUCGUAUAAUUAAAGCUCUGAAGCAGAGCGCCCUAAACCAAGCGGUUUCGGCACAAGCGGCGGAAACCCGCGAAGCGACAAAGCGCGUGGUCCAUCUGAUGUUGAUCGUGACAAUAACGUAUGCAGUCCUCUACGUGCCAACCCAGCCGGUUUAUAUCAUCAUUGUUAGUGUUAAUCAGCAGGAUUUCGAACAACUCCCACUGGGAAUCCUUCUCACCGACAUCUUGACCAAGUUACCCGUCUUGCUCAAUUCUAUCGCCAAUCCCUUCAUCUACGCGUUCAAAUAUAAGAAGUUCCGAAAGGGAAUGCGUGACCUCAUGUGCCGAUGUGCUAAGAACACGAUUUCACCAAAUGAAGACGUCAUGAUGCAAGUUGACACAGCAAAUUCUAACAUUUAA